CGACGAUUAGGGGAAACCUUAGUGGGGUGAGGAGACGGGGGAGGCGUCAGUAAAUGUGUGACAUCGACACUGGGUAGUUUCAGGAACUAGAGAAAAGGGUGUGUGUUAUUAGUAAUCAGACAAGCAAAAAGUCCCACAGUCUAACUGCCAGCGAGGGCAGACGAAGAAGCGAACAGAGCGAACGGAUAGACUUCCACGCUACUUCUGUUUAGCUUUGUGUAGCAAACGCGUUUGGCAUUUCUAAUAGGGAAAGAUAUACGGAAAGAGAGCUGGAUUAUUCAAACAUCACAUUGCUUUCAGCCAAAGCACUUCUGGCCGUGGUACGGAUAUCAAAUUCUUUUUAAAGAGGAUAGUGGAUGCGGAGCCGGCUCACAGCCUGCGUGGGUAAUAUGUCUACGAUGGAUGGUAUUUCAUGUCAUAUUUCAUCAGUCUGACUAAUCAAAGCCACGGAGAACCGUUGAGUCACUGGAUUUUCUACGGGAAGGUUAUUUCUCAAGAGCAAGAAACAUAAACUGUCCUUUUAUUUGAGUAUUACCCGGGAUUUCCAAUAUCCUAUCUGUCAAAAGCCUACCCCGAUUCGACGUUCACUGUGUUAAAUUUGAGAUACAUAACAACUAUGCUCCAGCUGAUAAUGCCUUUGUGGAAAAUCUCAUGCACCUGAUCCAGUCUAAUCAGAUUAUGAAGAUAUUGCAUCACAGUGUCAAUGACGGGUAAGAUGGAGACCCCUUUCUAUCACGAUGACACGCCAAGACUUCCCAAUUUUGGACAAAUUUCAGAUUAUGAAAGGUACCAAAGCCACAAGAUGAUGAGCAAAAAAAACAUGGCAGGCCACCAUUUCCAAAGCGCAAUGGGAGGCACCUCAACUCUAAAACUCCAUGAGCAGCCUGGAGCCAAUGGCAACAUUAACCCCAAUAACCUGGGAAUCAACAGCAACACAAACAGCUCUUUAAUGCCUCCAACUGACAUGAACCUGAUGAAGCUGGCGUCCCCCGAUUUGGAGCACCUCAUAAUCCAGUCUAACCACGGUCUGGUGACAACCAGCCCGGCGCCCAGUUCCACAGGGGGUCCCUUCAUGUACAGGAACCAGGCCACUAAUGAGCAAGAGGGCUUCGCAGACGGCUUUGUCAAAGCCCUGGCCGAUCUUCAUAAACAGAAUCAACUCAUGGGGGUGCCCAUGUCCCCGUCAUCCACCCUUCAAGGUCAGUACCAGAGGAGUCUCAUGUCGAGUGGAGAUAUACCCAUCUACACUAAUCUCAACAGCUACAACCCCAACCAGAUCAGCGUAUCCGCAUCCUACGCCGGCGGCCAGCUGCCUUACACGGCCACCGGCCACGCCUCGGGUCUGGGCGGGCAGGGGCAAAGACCCCACUCCCAGGGCCGCGGCCUGGACGCCCCGCAGACGGUCCCGGAGGUGCCCCACCCGCCGGGGGACCCCAGCAGCUCGCCUCCCUCCCUCUCGCCCAUCGACCUGGACACCCAGGAGCGGAUCAAGGCGGAGAGGAAGAAGCUGAGGAAUCGCAUCGCCGCGUCCAAGUGUCGCAAGAGGAAGCUGGAGAGGAUCUCGCGCCUGGAGGAGAAGGUGAAGGUGCUGAAGACGCAGAACUCUGACCUGGCCUCCACAGCCAGCAUUCUGCGUGAGCAGGUGGUGCAGCUCAAGCAGAAAGUCAUGAAUCAUGUCACCAAUGGGUGCCAGAUAGCAGUGAGUUCAGCCACCAUGGCCAAGAGCGGGGAGAGCACCAGCUGCUGAACUUGAAUGAAGAGGUGGCUUUGCCAUUGCCGUUUGAGUCAGCGCCGUUGAGCAAUUAUCAGAAAAUAAUAAUAAUGAUUAUUAUUAUUACCAUGGCAGCUGAGGUAUGGAAGAGGGGAGGUGAGGAGAAACCCUGUUUUCCUGACUUUUAACACCCCCAAAUUUUCCACAUGAGCCAACGACAAACUUUGGACAUAAGACAUCGGACGUCUGUUUUUGACAAAUGUACCACAGAUUGGCUUCUCCGUGCUCUCAGAAUGGACGGCCACAUAAUUCAGAUUGUUACUAUAGCUCCUUUGCGUUCAUCCUACGCUCUCUGCGACAAGAAGGGAAACAACUUUAAAAGUGCGACACGUGAUAGGGCUUUGUUUGGAUCCAGUCAAAGACAGAAAAGGGAAUCGGCUACAGGCUGAAGUGUGGACAGGCAUUUCAGAGUAUCGCAAUGGAUGUAUUUGGGAUGGGGAUAAAAAUCUGGGCUUCAUUUUAAAAAAAAUUUUAAAAAGGGAAUCUGCACUUUGGAGCUUCUGGAAUUAAAUCUCAUUGGAUUCCAAAGGGGGAAAUUAUUACCUUUUGUUUCAAAAUAGUGAUUUAUUUCAUGAACAUGCACCUUUAAGGAAAGCAAGACAGAGAAGGGAAAAUUAUUCUGCUUUACAAGCACUCCAGUAAAAUAUUAUGUAAUGAGGAUGAGCGAUAUAAUGUGAAUUUGAAGUUCUGUGUAACGUGACUUUUGUUCUAAGUAGGUCAUAUGUGGCACUUACGGGCCAUGAGUUUAUUCCUGUAGUUGUCUCGGAUAAAAUAUAUUUCAAAGUUAAAACCAUUAUCUAGUCAAGUGUCCCCACAUCAUUGAACUUGAUAUAUUUGAGCGUGUUGUGAUGUAGUUACAAGUGCAGAUUUACUUGUUUGAGUCACAUCUUUACAGUAUUUUGGAAUAUAUUGUUUGUUUUUGCUUCUUAUUGUGAGAUAUAUAUGGAAAAAAUGACAAUAUGAAAUGAGAACAUUUUUUAAAUACUCAAUUUAAGUGUGGACAAUUUGUCUGUGUUUAUUAUUUAAUAACUUAGGUAAGUAUAAUCGGAUCCAACACAAAGCUACAUGGUGUAUGAUAUUCUGAAAGGUAAAGCGACCAGUUUAUUAUAACAGACUACUUUUGACGGUUGUGUGUUAUUGAGCCUGAGUGGGCUUAAAAGAUUCUUCUGCAUUCCAAGGCAAAGAUCUUGCACUGCAUUUCCCAUAAGUGUGCCUAGGAGAAGCGUAUUUACAAACGGUUAAUACUGCGUUCUGUGUCUUAACCUUGUGUUUUAAUGUUUUGUUAACAUUGAACAAAACUGUCAGGCUGUCAUUUUGGAUGGCAUCAACUUUAUUUAACAUGCUGUGUUCAAUUUGCACACUGUCCAGGUAUUUAAACGAUGAAUAAGGCUGCUUGUAAAUGUGGGAAACAACCGCGGGACCAACCGAGACUGGCAUGAGACUGCGACAAGGGCUUUUGAUCAAUAGUAUCUUGUUUGUACUGUUCUGUUUUUUGAUUUUUUGGAACGAUCUAUUUAUGCAAAAAUCCUCUAAUAUUUAUGUUGUACGUGUAAAAAGUGUAAAAGUUGAAUUCCAAAUGUCUUGACAUAUUAUUUUGAGAAUAAUAUUGCACAUAAAUCAAAACAUUAAAUGAUACCUAAUAUUUAUUUUUUGUCUGAGCAUGGACUGUGUACAGAAUAUUAGAAUAUGAAACUACAGUGUCUUCAGGACUGUAGACAUGAGGGCCAUUUAUUUCUGGGUGGGGGAGGGGGUUGUUUCCAAUAAACUGACGGCAGGAUACUGUUUGAUUUGAGUAAAAUUAAUCCAGCCUUCAUCCAUGUUCAUUAUCAUCUAAAAUAGAACAGUCCGGAACUCUGACUGGAUACUGGAUGAAUACUCAUGCAUAUGAUGCAUAUGUUGACACAACAUAGUUUUCAGAAAAUAUACACAUUUGUAUGAGCAUUGCAUUCAAUUUUUGGUGUACUGAAUCCUUAAAUAUUUAUUCCAUAUCAUACCUAUAGAUGUUAUUUAUACAUAUCUAUAUUCAUAUGUUCAAAUUAAUCUUUGCAAACAUAACAGGAUUACUUUGAAUAGAUUUUGAAAAUGAAUCUUGCUUAGGAUAUAUUUAUUUUUGGAAACUUGCAUAAGGCUUUUGAUGUUGACUAACAAUUCUAUUUUUGUACAAACAAAUUGAAAAGUUCAGUGUGAGUGCAGUAGUCAUGCAAUUUUCCAGAAUUUCUGAAUGAUUUAAUGAGGAUGGAUUAAACUGGCCAUUUCAUUUUUAAAUGUUCCUUCAGACACCAGAAGUUCUUGGGCACUUCUUUCAGGUGAAAUACUACUGUCUUCACAUAAUAGAUCAAGGACGGUCUCCGCUUAUUUUGAAGCCAAAACAGAAUGAUGCUUUUACUAUGAUGAAAAGCCAUACAUAUGUACACCGGUUUGAAAACGCUUGUAAACAGCAAAGUAUUACGUCUCAGUAACAGUAAAACUUUCAUGUAGAUGGUACAGAAUUCACUCACUGUAUCACUGCCAUAAACACAAAUAAGAAAUUCUGAUGCAAAUAGCAAGUGUUUUUUUUCCAGAACCACAAAGGUGUAGCUUUGUACAGUAUUGAAAAUACUUUUUUCUGAAGCUGUAGUCGGGUCAAAUAAUCUUUUCAGUUUUUAGGUUUUGCUAAAAUUACAAGCAGUUAAUUUCCGUAGGAUACAGAGGUAGGGUAUUCAUUUUGGAGAUUCUAGUUUUUAAUUUGGCCAAUCAAAUUUGUUGUAUUCACAUGCUUUAAAAACAUGAUCAAUUUGAUCAAUUACCUUUGUUUGUAAAACAAAAAAUAUUUUUGAAAGAUUAAACAGCUUAUUUUCGGUACUUGUUCCAUCUUGCAAGUGAAAUAUUUUCCUGAGACCAAACGUAUUCAUUUUUGCACAUUGUGCUGAAUUCUGGGUAGUGUGUCACAUGAAGCCCAUGUUGAAUAUCAGUGUUAAAAUCAAAUGUUUCUUGAUGAUGUGGAAAGAGGGACGAAGUAUCUACCUGUGAGAUUUGCAUAUAAAUUCCCUUCAUAAAAUAGAUCAAAAACGUCCUGCUGAAAACAGAUCCAAAAAACCCACAUUUAAUUUGUUCUAGAAGUGACAGAAAAUGAUGACUCAAGGGUAACUUGCCUGGCUUUGUUCAAUUGUUUAUUUUUUAAAUACUGAUUGUUUUGCUUUUAAAUAAUAUGCAGUCCUGUUAAUUGUUAACUGUUUGAUUGAGCUUUCAAAAUGAACAAUAAAUGGUAGGUUUCAAAAACUGA